GCCGAACGACCGGGUCACGAUUUAGUUCCAUCAGUUUUGUUUUGGAUCCUUUCCUGACAGUAGUUUAUCACGAAUCAUGUGUUUUUGGCGGUUCUUGUUUUGGUAGCGAUUUACGGUGCAAAAUUACCUUAAAACCAGUGUCCGAUACUAACAGUAAUAUCCAGUUGUCGAGAUUAAUCCGCGUGACUUAAAAGAUGACCAUCACCGACUAUGUUUCGGCGCUAUCGGACAAUCCGUACUUUGGUGCCGGUUUCGGUCUGUUUGGACUCGGCGCCGGUGCCGCGAUGUUACGUAAAGGACUGCAAGGAGCGUUGAUUCUUUUCCGUCGUCACUACAUGAUAACGCUGGAAGUGCCCUGCCGGGACAAAUCUUACCAGUGGGUACUGCAGUGGAUUACCCAGAAGGGUGCCAAGCACACACAGCACCUCAGUGUGGAAACGUCCUUCCAGCAACGCGAUACGGGUCACAUUAAAACGAAGUACGACUUUAUUCCUUCCAUCGGAACGCACAUAAUGCGCUAUGGAGGUACCUGGAUCAAAGUGGACCGCGCCAGAGAACAGCACACUCUGGAUUUGCACGCCGGAAUACCAUGGGAAACAGUACAACUGACCGCGUUUGGCAGGGAUAAGAACUUGUACUUUAAGAUAUUGGAAGAAGCAAGACAACUGGCCCUGAAGAACACGGAGGGCAAAACCAUUAUGUACAGUGCCAUGGGUUCCGAGUGGCGUCCGUUCGGUCAUCCGAGGAAGCGAAGGCCGUUGAAGUCCGUCGUGCUGGACGAAGGUGUUUCCGAUCGGAUACUAAGAGACUGCCGAGAAUUUAUCCAAAAUCCUCAGUGGUAUGCGGAUCGAGGCAUACCCUACCGGAGAGGGUUCCUUCUAUAUGGUCCACCAGGCUGUGGGAAGUCCAGUUUUAUUACCGCUUUGGCGGGGGAAAUCGAGUUUGGAAUUUGCCUGCUGAACUUAUCAGAGCGUGGUCUGACGGACGACCGGUUAAACCACCUGAUGAACGUUGCGCCUCAGCAAUCGAUCAUUCUGCUGGAGGACAUUGAUGCUGCAUUUAUAUCCCGCGAGGAUUCUAAAACGCAGAAGGCAGCUUUUGAGGGAUUGAACCGAGUCACGUUCAGUGGGUUGCUCAACUGUCUGGACGGAGUAGCGUCCACGGAGGCGAGAAUAGUGUUCAUGACCACCAACUAUCUGGAGCGGCUGGAUCCUGCUUUGAUCCGACCGGGUCGAGUGGACGUCAAGGAAUACGUCGGCUAUUGCACCCGGCACCAGUUGGAGCAGAUGUUUAUGCGCUUCUAUGCCGGCGAGGAGGGAGCAAAGAAUGCCAAAGUAUUUGCCGAAAAUGUAUUGAAGGAAGGACGCAACGUUAGUCCGGCACAGGUUCAGGGAUACUUUAUGAUCCACAAGAUGUCCGAUCAGAUUACGGUGGUGGAGAAUGUCAAGAAAAUUUGGGAUAACUUGUGAUACGGUUCGGAGGUGGGAAAAGUAGGGAUUAUGCUCUAGCAAUCUACUGUAAGUAAUAAAAUAAUCUAGAAACGAGA